AUGGCAACUACUGAACAGCGUACAACGGAUUUAUUUCCUCAUCGAAAACCGCCGACUGUAUCAUGUGUAUCAUCGAAUGUUGGCUCAAUUACAGAUUUUCUUCUCACUUCAGAACAUUCCUCAUUAAACCACGGUGAAACAGUAUUAGAAAAUAGUAAAUCAGAAGAUAAUAUACCGGAGUCACUAAAUGAACUCAAUACAUCGGGCAAUAAAGAAAAAUUAGGCCAUCGUCGUGUUGAUGAAACCGGACAUGUUACAUAUAAACGUGUGACGAUUGAUGAUCUUAUGAAAUCAUUACAAAUCGGCCUUAAUUAUGUUAUUGGUAAACAUCAUCAACCGCAACGUCAAGUAUUGAUACAAGAUUUUCAACAAAUCGAAUAUCAAGAUUUUCCACCGGAAGGCUCAAAAUCAACGCCUAAACAUUUAUACGCUGAAUUUCGUUUAAAAACCUAUGCACAAACGGCAUUUCGUUUCUUUCGUAAUACAUUCGGCGUUGAUCCGUCUUCGUUUAUGUUAUCACUUUGCGCAAAAGAUUUACAUGAAUUACCGAAUCCAGGCGCCAGUGGCUCAAUUUUUUAUAUAACAGACGACGAUGCCUAUAUCAUAAAAACAGUAUCGAAAAAAGAGGCUCGAUUUUUACUUAGUCUUUUACCUGGUUAUUAUAUGAAUUUAACACAAAAUCCUUUUACGCUCUUACCAAAAUUUUUCGGUCUCUUUUGUUAUCAAAGUGCUAAUAAAAACAUUCGUUUUGUUAUAAUGAACAAUUUAGUGCCAACACAUGUUAAACUAUACGAAAAGUACGAUUUAAAAGGUUCGAUUUAUAAGCGAAAAGCAUCUGAAGAAGAGCACAAACGUAAAUUGCCUACAUUGAAAGACACUGAUUUUAAAUCUUUACAUCCAAAUGGUUUAAUACUUGAACCAUUUUUCUAUGAUCAAUUGAUGCAAACCAUCGAAGAUGAUGUUCGAGUUCUCGGCAGUUUCGACAUCAUGGAUUAUUCACUACUGCUAGCUGUUCAUAAUAUAACCGAAGAAAUGAGAUUAACACAAAGUCUAUCACUUGUGGAAUCCCUAUCACCAAACGAUGUGACCAUUGAAAAUGAUGCAUUCGAAAAUACAAUUAAUAUAUCGUCAAAUAUUCACGAAGAAUUAACCUCAACAUCCAUGCAGUCUGAUAUAGUUAUGGCAAAACUAUCGAACUUUCCAACCUAUAUACAAUAUUUACGUGUUAUUGAAUUCAUUCGUACACAAGAACCUUCGAUUCUUAAUACUAAAUCAUCGCUGUCGGACACUCCUAUGGAGAAUUACGAUACAGCAAGCAUAAAAACAGUCAAAGCAGAAUUAUCGCCUAUGAUAAAUGUUCAAACAGAAAAAGUCUCUCAAUCAAACGAAGAAUCAUUAAGUGCGACGAAUGCUAUUGUUCGUACAAACAGUAGAAGUCCAACGAAUCAAACGAGUACAUCAUCGCCAUUUCAUUUAGCCAAUGGUUUGAUAGGCGGCGAUGUCUGGUACAAUCGACAAAAUCUUUCACGUCUUGCAAUGGCCGGAAUACCAGCUGUAAAUAAAAACGGUGAUUUAUUAUUGUUAUAUGUUGGUAUUAUUGAUAUUCUACAAAAUUAUCGCCUUCGUAAAAAGCUCGAACAUGCAUUCAAAUCAACAUUGGUAACGAGGGAAGAAAUAUCUGUUUGUAAUCCAAGUCAUUAUGGUGGUCGUUUUGUCAGAUUUCUUUCCCACAGAGUAUUCAGCAAAGGGGGUCGUAAUGGAAACACUUUGCUAUCUGAUAGCCAGUCAAAUACAGAUCGCAUUACGUUUCAUAGUAGCAAAUUAUUAAAUCCAUCUUCGUCAAAUCGUUCACAAUUGAGUGAUGAUGAUUCGUCGAUAACAAAUCAAAACAACGAAAUACGCAGUUUAAAAUCUUGA